UGCGUUUUAUGAAGAUUAUUAUAGAUAAUACGUUCAAAUCAAUAGCAAAAUAAAUUUAAAAAGUAGAUAAUUUCGAUAUUGCAAGUAAGGUCUCAUGUGUUUUAUCAGUGUUUUUUGUUUAAUUUCCUCAAGCAAUAACUUUCCGAUUCGGCUAAAGUAUCUGAAUAUAAUAAUUGAUCAAUUCAGCUUUGUUAUAGUGUUUAAAAAUAGUGAAAAAUUAUAAAACUCGAUGUUGAACAGUAAUUUUGCUCAGUAAUAUUGUGCAGAUGCGAGUAAAGAUGUGAGAAAAGUGUGGGUUGGUUACAUUGAUUUGUGACGUCAUUGGUGACAAUCGACUAGCAGAGGGAAGAGUGAGGUUGGUUUGGUUGAAUUCGUUCAUUUGGGUCUGUUCUAGUUUGUGCGCCUCUUGGUUGCGGGAAAUGUGUUGAACGAUCGAUGUUGACGGGAGUGUAGGGAAUUCUACUGAACACACAAAUUCGAACUCGGGGGGCCUAGAACUGACACAUUUCGAAAAGUGAUGGCGUUUUUGAGGGCAGUUAUCAGAUGUAAUGGAUCUCGUAAACUGGGCAUUAGUAUUUACAAUUUGCAGAGCAAUAAGUCUGCAAAAUUUCGAGUGUGUCUGCCGCUACAGAAUUACACCCCCAUAGCUGCUAAAUCGGCAUUGGCAAGUGCUAGCGCCACAGAUAUCACUGAAAAUAGUGGCACCGGUAGUUCUUUUGGGUCCAGACGGGAUCCAUUAGAUACAGGAUUCGAUAAUCCAAAAGCAUCUUUCAAAAGUAAAACGACAUGGGAGGUUUUGCGAGCUUAUAUUGUGUAUACGUUGUGUUCUUCAUCCUACCUUGUCGAGAACAACAUGCAGCUUAUGAAGCUGAUGAAAGCUGUCCUGGGUGAAAAAAUGUUCACCCUGCUGAUGAAGGGAACUUUCUACGGCCAUUUCGUCGCUGGUGAAGAUCAGUACAAAAUUGUGCCGACUCUUAAAAGGCUUCGCUCUUUCGGUGUGAAACCCAUCCUUGAUUACUCAGUCGAGGAAGAUCUUAGCCAAGAAGAAGCUGAGAAACGAGAAUAUGAGGGAAGUGUAUCUGAGGCACAAAAAGAAGCGCCCAAUGCUACAAGCGAAGCAACGUCGAUUGGUGGUGAAAUGCCUCAGUACAAUGUUAAUAAAACAUUCGCCGAUCGCCGAUACAAAGUAUCAAGUGCUAGAACUUACUUCUACUUGAACGAAGCCACUUGCGAACGAAACGUCGAAGUGUUCCAGGACUGUUUGCAUGCUGUUGCAGGUGCAACUUAUGGAACUGGUAUUACUGCUGUGAAAAUGACAGCUCUUGGAAGACCUCAACUGCUUCUACAAUUGUCUGAAGUAAUCAUGAGGGCUCGAAGAUUUGUGAGUGAUGUCAUUGGUGGAAAAGGCAACGUCAUUGGUCAGAAGCUGUCCCCGGAACAACUUGAGAAAAAGCUUGAACAAGCUGGUAUUCAAGAUGUGAAGAAGUUUUUGGAGAAAGUCACCAAGGAUAGCGAAGGAGUUAUCCAUUUGUUCCCAUGGAGUGGAAUUGUUGAUGAGAACUUUGAACUGAGUGAUACGUUCAGAGUGCCCAGCCUGAAGGAGGGCCGAAUGGUUCGCUUGAUCUCUCAGCUGUCAAAGAAGGAGGAAGAAAUGUUCAGAAAUAUGAUCAGGAGGAUCAACACACUAGUCAAGACCGCACAAGAGUUAGAUGUCCGCAUAAUGAUUGAUGCAGAACAGACCUAUUUCCAACCUGCAAUCUCGAGAAUCACUUUGGAAAUGAUGCGCAAAUACAACAAGGAUAAGGCAAUUGUAUUCAACACGUACCAAUGCUACUUGAAAGAAGCAUUGAAUGAAGUUACAACUGACUUGGAUCAAGCCAAAAGACAGAACUUCUACUUUGGAGCCAAACUCGUAAGAGGAGCAUACAUCGAUCAGGAAAGAGCCCGUGCCGCUGCUCUUGGGUAUCCGGACCCAACAAACCCCACCUAUGAAGCUACGUCUGAUAUGUACCACAGGACCUUCACCGAGUGCUUACGGCGAAUAAAAGAUCUGAAGGACAAGGGAGAGCCCAACAAAAUUGGCAUCAUGAUCGCUUCACACAAUGAGGAUACUGUGCGAUUCGCCAUUGAGAAGAUGAAAGAAAUUGGUGUUUCUCCAGAAGACAAAGUCAUUUGUUUCGGUCAGCUUCUUGGAAUGUGUGAUUACAUCACGUUCCCUCUGGGUCAAGCAGGGUAUUCAGCAUACAAGUACAUCCCAUACGGGCCGGUGAACGAAGUGUUGCCGUACCUGUCCCGUCGUGCUCAGGAGAACAAAGGCGUUCUCAAGAAGAUCAAGAAAGAGAAGAAGCUCCUAAUGAAGGAAUUGCUCAGACGCCUGCGUUCUGGAAAGAUCUUUUACAAGCCGAACGGCACCUACACUCCAGUCUAAAUCGACCUCGUUGUCUAACAAUUUAGUACUUGUUCGAGAAGUUAUCAUCGCACCAAAUUCUAACUGCAAGGGGUCGAACUUAUUCUAGUUGGAUUUAGUUUUAAGACGAUUCAAAUUGAUUUUAAAUUAAUUGUACAAAACAUAUUCAUUUUAAGUUUUUUGAAACUUUUUUAUGAUUCGAUUUUACGUAACAGAAUAUUAAGUUUUAUUCGAUCGAUUGCUUUUAUUGUUUUCCGUACCGAAUAUGUUCUGAAACACUAGAAGUUCGAAUCGAGUUUUAACGUUGAGGAUUCAAAAUGAAAAGUUGCGUCGAUAAAGUCUUGUGAUAAACGGAAACGGAAGGUAAUGUAUUACUAAAACAUGUAUGUAUUAUUAUUACUGAUAUAAUAGCGAAAAAUAUCUAUGUUGUAUGAUCAAAGACUUGUGCUAUUAUAGAUAUUUCGAUUCUAGAAUUAAUUGAAUAAUCUCAGGAUACUAUGAAUUUGAGAUUUAUGAAUAGGUAUCAACAUUGUAACUAUUUUAUGAAAAUAAACAUGUGUAUAAAACAUGUUAUACUUCUGGAAGCCAUUUAGACGUGAUUAUUGUGCUACCAUUCAUGCAGGCCAUUGUAUAAUUCCUCCAUCCUUUCAAAAUUUCCACUUUUGUACAAGUGGAAAUCAUUAAUUUCGUAUGAGUAUUGAGUAAUCAUCGUCUGUUUUACUCUAAUCAUUAUUUUAUAAUUUGUACAGUGUUAUGAUUCAUCCAUUUUAAUUAAUUAAACAUAAAUUUUAAUUAAUGUAUCUAUUAUCAGUUUUAAUUGAUUUUAUCUUUCUGACUUUGCAAUUCCAAUUUUGAUGUUUGUUAAUCAUUAAAAAUUUUGGUCUUCACAUUGACUGCACUGUCAUUUUAUUCUUUACAGACUUCUUAUUUAUUUGUUAAAUGGUAUUCCAUGCGAUAUUCAUGCAGACCAUUGUUUAAUUCCUUCAUCCUUUCAAAAUUUCCACUUUUGUACAAGUGGAAAUCAUUAAUUUCAUAUGAGUAUUGAGUAAUCAUCGUCUGUUUUUAAUAAUUAUUUCAACAUUUGAACAGUGUUAUGAUUCAUCCAUUUUAAUUAAUUAAACAUAAAUUUUAAUUAAUGUAUCUAUUAUCAGUUUUAAUUGAUUUUAUCUUUCUGACUAUGCAAUUCCAAUCUUAAUGUUUGUUAAUCAUUAAACAUGCCGGUCUUCACAUUGACUGCACUGUCAUUUUAUUCUUUACAGACUUCUUAUUUAUUUGUUAAAUGGUAUUCCAUCGCAUGUAUGAUUUAUGCUUGUUGUGAUUGCAAAUAUUUUCAGUAUUAUUAUGAUUUGGUGGUCAUUUUAUUGUUUAUGAGCAUCCGCCCAUGAGAUCUUUUCAAAUUUCUCCAACCAUUACAAUUUUAGACACUUUGUAAUGUCCCUACUAGCCUUAGAAUACGUAAUAAAAUUAUUGUUCAUUACAUAGUUUCAAAAUGUAGAUUGACCACCCCACCCUUUCACAUCUACUGUUAUUAUAUUGGAGCGAUUGUAUUGUUUUUGAAUGAGUGUUUUGUCCAUUUAGAAUCUCAUAAAACAUAAAUUGAUCGUUGGAGCAAAAGGGCGAAAGAAAAAAUAUAAGUGAGUGAGAGUAAUUAUUGUGUGUGUGGAGGGAUUCCUGCACCAACCCAUCAGCAUGUCUUUUGGUAUCAUCGUUCUGUUAUUUGAAUAAUUUAUUCAAAUUCAUUUAUUUUGCCAUAAAAUAAUACAGAUUGAUAAAAUAAAUUCUCAAUUACAAAAUGACACUACCAGCAUAGAACAACUUGUGGGCCAGCAGUGAGUUCGAACAACUAGAUACAGCAAACAUGUCAAUACAAAGAAUAUACACUUCAUUUAUUCAUUUUUUAAAUAAUAAUUUGGUAAUUAUCGUUAUCAUGCCAAAAUAAUGGCAAGUCCAGUCAAAAGUUGAAGACAACGGUAUCAUGUCGUCCUCUAAUAUUUUAAACCGUCUUUGAUAUUUGUAGCUUUUAUUCUAACAUGUAUUGAAUCAGUUUUCUAUGAGGAAACUUGAAUAUCCGGGAGUUAAGAAUGCUGAGCAUUUUAUUAUAUUGAGAAGGUUAGAUUGCACAUAUAUUUCCAAACAGUAUUAAUGUGGCUGGUGUCAAGAUAACCUAUAUCAGUGCUCGUUAUUUAUUCAUAAUUUAUCAGUAUAUAUUUAGGAUAAUAUAUCCAUACAGGAUAUAUUUAUGUGUUUUAUAAGAAAUUUCAUCUCUUAUGGCAUAAAAGACACAUCCAGUGUUUUAUAAGAAGUUUCAUUUCUUAUCCCAUACUUUAUCAACUUUUUUUUACAAUGAAUUUCAGUAUUUAAGUAAAGUAUUUACUUACAGUAUUCGAUCGCUUUCAACAAUAGUGGGUUUCCCCAGCUCUUAUCAGAUCCAGGGUUUAUUACCCUCUGUUAAAAUGAUAUGAUUUCAUAUUUUCACAGUUACCCUUCUGAUGGAUAUCACAGUUGCUCCUUCAUCAAAUUGUUGCAUGUUUUUGAAGAGACUUGAUUCUCACUUUAUGUACUUAAUCCGUUUGAAACUGUAUUAAAUUGAAAUAAUAUCAUUUGAUGCCUUAUCAUUUAUUGCUCACUCCUUGCAAGUUAUUUGGUUAGAAGAGUGCGUCCGAUCAUCGCUCUCGCUCUUUGCUUUUGACUUAUCCAUUCAGAGUCAGGAAUCGACAAUAAUACAUUUGCCUCCUUGUAAUCGAUGUUUAUAUGUUCGAUGUUUAUCGAUGUUUAUAGCUACUUGGAAAUAUUUGUCAUUCUGUUUGGUAGUGAAUUGCUUGUUGUACAUCGACGAAGUAGUGAUUGAACAUUGUUUUAGUGAUGCUAACUAGUGAAAAUAUUUGUGAAUCAAUCUAUGUGUAAAUUGAUAGUUUCAAAUAAGAAUAUUACAAUCUGUGUUGAAAUAUUCAAUUAUUGAUGUCUAUUGAUGUCUAAUCAACUUCUUGUAUAUGCCUGUAUUUCGGCCAGUGAAACUAUGUUAUAGUUACUUGAGCUGCUAUUUAUAUUAUUGAUGUAGAAAAUCAAAUUGGAAAAAUGUACAGUUCAAAUAGAUUGUUGGCAAUGAAA